AAUUAUCCACAGCACUACAAACAAAAACAACACAUGUACGAUGAUGAACUAACGAUGCACAAUUAUGUACAUUAAUUAGUUUUUUUGUUGGUACCUCCCCGUCAACUGCGUAUAUCUCGGUCUUCAAAACAAUCUCGUGUUUGUGGUCGGUUCCUCUUAAUAAAUAUUGACUGAAAUGAUUGAGGAGCACGACGAACGAGAAACGAUAUGCGAUUCUGUGAAUUCACUGGUGGAAGGAUGUCGCUUGCCGGUACGAAUGCCCAGCACCGACGACUGGCCGCUGGCCGAGAUAAUAAGCUUGAAGGAGAUGAGGGGCGCGAAAUUUUACUACGUUCACUUCGUCGAUUUCAACAAACGUCUAGAUGGCUGGGUGACCGAGGAGUGCCUGGACACCCGAAAAGUCCAGUAUCCGAGAAAAGAUGGCACAGGCCCAGGUACUGGAUCAGCGACCCCAAAGAAGCAAGUGCCAAGCAGACCUCCAAGUCUCACCCCAAGCAACAGUGAGCCAGUGAAUGGUUCAGCAGCGGCGCAGGCGGCCAUACAGCUCCAACAAAAAAAAUUAUCCAGAAAGAGAAAAGGCACAUUUAUGGAUAAUGAAGACUCACAGGAGGCACCGGCACCACCACCACCUCCACCAGCGCCAGUUGCUGGCCAGCCAACGACUGGUCCACGACCCACCGGCUCACUCGUAGCCCACCAUCAUGACGAUGUUGUCACAAGGAUGAAGAAUAUCGAACUGAUCGAACUUGGUAGGCAUAGGAUAAAGCCGUGGUACUUCAGCCCCUAUCCCCAGGAGAUGGUCAAUCUACCGUGCAUUUACAUCUGUGAAUUUUGCCUAACGUACAGAAAAAGCAGAAAAUGCUUGGAACGACAUUUAGUCAAAUGCAAUUUAAGGCAUCCCCCUGGAAACGAGAUAUACCGUAAAGGGUCGAUUUCGUUUUUUGAAAUUGACGGCAGGAAAAAUAAAAAUUAUGCCCAAAAUCUUUGUCUCCUGGCUAAACUAUUUCUGGAUCACAAAACCUUGUGCUACGACACUGACCCAUUUUUAUUCUACGUUAUGACUGAUUUUGAUUCACGAGGGUUUCACAUAGUUGGAUAUUUCUCGAAGGAGAAAGAAUCCACUGAGGAUUACAAUGUUGCUUGUAUUCUCACACUGCCACCCUAUCAGAGAAAGGGAUAUGGAAAAUUGUUGAUAGAGUUCUCCUAUGAAUUGUCCAAGUUUGAGGGGAAGACGGGAUCCCCGGAGAAACCACUGUCCGAUUUGGGACUGCUCUCUUACAGGAGUUACUGGGCCCAUACUAUAUUGGAUAUUUUACUGAAUGUCAAGCCACUGGUAGAGAAUGAAAAGGCCCAGAUUACGAUUAAUGAAAUUUGUGAACUCACCUCCAUCAAGAAGGAAGAUGUUAUAUCAACACUGCAGAACUUAAAUCUCAUCAAUUAUUAUAAGGGACAGUACAUUGUAACGUUAAAUAGGGAUAUCAUUGAACAGCAUUCAGCUGCCAUGGCGAAAAGAUCAAUAAGGAUAGACCCGAAGUGUCUCCAUUGGACCCCAAAAGACUGGAGUGUUAGAGCGAAGUGGUAAAAAAAUAGUACAACAGGUUAAAAAAUACAAGUGAUCAAGACAAGUAUUGAGUGGUGAUAAUGUAUGUCUAAGGAGAAUUCAUGGGAGAACAUUUUCUCGGUCAUGUAACCCAUUUCAUGGGCAUCAUCAAUUUUAUAUUACAAUCCAGCUAGUCUGGCACUGACUACUGUUCCUGGAGAGGUGGGUCAUGCGUGUGAAAGCGUUCAAUAUGUUCACACUGUAACAAAAUCAUUCUUUACUUCAGUUACACAUAAUUUGUAAGAUUCUCGCUAUCAUCAAUAAUUUGUACAAAUUAAAGUUCAAAAGAAUGAGAGAAAUUGACGAUGAAAGAAAUAGAUGAACUGUAAAUAAAUGUGAUUUUAUAAGGAA